AUGCCGAUUCCAGACUACGGAUUCUGGAAAGCGAAGCCGGUCUCGUACAAGGUCGAUGGGCCAAGCGAUCGAACUCCCCAUAUCAAUCUCGUUUUCAAGGACGACGACAACGACAGACUGAAAGCCGCGAUCAACGUCAAAUCUCAGGCCAGUCCAUCUGAGCUCGUGUACUGGUUCGACCGUGACUUCUCACACCCAUUGACCCGUGCCCUCGAGAACCAGCCUUACGGUUUCAAAUGGAUCGAGUCUCGCGAUCCAUCAGCCCAAUCCCUGGCUCUCGACUACCUCCGCACUCCUGUCUUGCUUCACGUCCAAGAGGGGAGGCUGUUGCCUUAUGACGAGCACGGGCCCGACAACGACAUCCUCGACCAACUGCGACCCAUCCUUGAUGACGCUAUCCAUCAGCAGGCCGACAUCUAUCUGUACGGCUCCCGCUUCGACUCAGGUGAUGGAAUCCAUGACGUGCACAUGAACCAAGGCAGUCCAGGCCGCCGCUUCCGAAAAGACAACGGAGUCAACACCGACGGCGGCAUCUUGUUCCGCUUUCCAGAUGGGCACUGGGAGGCUGUCUUUCUGGCGUUUGCCUCGCAGCAGAUUCCGACUGACGAUGACGGACAUCCCAAACGGGAUAGCAGGUCGCUGGCAAACAUGCUUCGUUCCGGGGGCCGCGCUCGGCUUUGA